AUGGAAUGUCCAAUGUGUUGGGAAUUAUAUGCCCAAAAUAGAGUGGCAAGAAAUCUACUUUGUGGUCAUACUUACUGUUCUAUAUGUCUUGAAUCAAUCUACAAUGUAAAUAAAAGAAUUGAAUGUCCUCUUUGCAGAACAAAACAUGAACCACAUGUAAAACCACAUUUAUUAAGUAAAAAUUAUGUGGCUAUGGAUUUGGCUUCCAAGCAUUUGGAAGUAUAGUAAAUUAAUAGUAUAAUAAUUAGAAAAAAGUUUGAAUUAUGUCCAAUUCAUAUAAAACUUCCAUUAUAAUUUUUUUGUGAGGAUGAUUAAUCAAAUAUGUGUACUGAAUGUAUAGCAGAGCAUUAUGGUCAUAAGUUUUUUAAAUAUGAACAUUCUGGUAUUAAACUUUUAUAAUGGUUAGUAUCUUUAUAAUAAAAUCGAUUAGUAAGGAUCUAAUCAAAAUUAAAAACUCAAUUUGAGAUAUUAGAAAAAUAAAUAAAAGGAUUUGAUAAUUGUAAAGAACAGCUAUAAUUGGAAAAUGUGAAAUUGGUAUUUUAAUUAUUAGAAUUUAGAUGCAAUAAUUAGAUGAUCAAUUUGAUCGACUAAUAAAAAAGAUUGAAUUAAGAAAGUAAGAAUUGAAAGAUUAACAAUUAAAAAUAUUUACAACUGAAUGUGAAUAGAUAGAUUAGGAAUUAGCAUUUAAUUAAUCUUUGCUUACAAAUAUGGCAAGUUUAACAACAAAAUUAGAAUAGAAAUAAGGAGAACUAAGUAUAUAGAAUUAAAUAACUUAAUAGAAGGAGUAAAGGCUCUAAAAAAUAAUGAUCUUAUAAAGGAAAUAGAUGAUUUAGAAGAAUAAGUAGAUAGAGAUGUCGCAUAACAAAAGUAAUUAAAGAUUAGUGAGAUAAAGAAGUUACCAAAGUUGGUUUUUGAUUUGAAAUUAAUUAAUGAAAUCUCAAAGUUUGGUUAAUUCAAGAAGGAUGUAUCUAAUCCAUAAAUAUGCUUCUUUGGAGAUAAGCAUAAAAUAUUAAUUUAUAAUAUUGAAAAUAAUGAAUGGACGUACAAAUAAAUGCCAAAUGUAUAUCAAAUAUAUAUAAUAGAAUACUUUAGAAUAUAAUUAUUAUGCAGCUGCUGUAAGUUUGCCAAGUGGUGAUAUCGUUAUUACAGGAGGGGGAGUUAGUAGAAAUACAAUGUUAAUAUCUCCAUCCAAAGGAUUUCAAUCAUAAGCCUUAAAAAGUAUGUACUUUCCAAGAAAGGAGCAUGCUUGUGUUUAUCUAGAUGGAUUUGUAUAUGCCAUAGGAGGGUAUUUCUAAUCCAUUAAAGAUUUAGAUAUGAUGGAUCAGCUAAAUAAAUGUUGUCAUGCUGUGAAAAGUAUAGUUUAGUUUCAGAUGAGUGGAAAAUAAUAGAUCCUUUAUAAAAAUAAAAGUGUGCUUUUGCAGCAGCAGCAGCUAUAAAUAAAUUCAUUUAUGUAUUUGGAGGUUUUGAUGGAAGAGAGAGAUUGAACACAAUUGAAAGGUAUUCAGUAAAAGAAAAUCAAUGGAAGGUUUUGGAUGUUAAAUUUAAGUAAGGGUUUAGUAAUGCUGCUGCUAUAUCUUAUGAUGACAAUAAAAUUCUUAUAUUGGGAGGAGGGUAAGUAUUAAAAUAUUAUUCAUUUUAGAUCAAAUCAAGGUUUUUCAUAUGAUUUAUAAGUUUAUGAUGUUAAUGAAUAAGUAGUUAAAACUUUAAGUAGAAUGAAUGAAGGAAGGGAUUUGAGGAAUAAAUUGAUUAUUUUUGAUAAUAAUUUGUUUGCUUGUGGAGGCAAUAAUUAAUCUAUAGAAAAAUAUUCGUUAAGCUAAUAAGUAUGGGUUAAUUUAAAGUAAAUUAAGAAUUAAUUUAAUUUAGGAGUUAUGAUUAAUUAGUUCAAGAUAAUUUGGAUUCAUGGUGCAGUGCAUUAACCUUUGAAAUAAAUAGUUCCACCUCUGUUUCAAAUUUAUUGAAACAUAAUUAAUAAAAAGUAAUGUUUAUUUGAGAAUGUAGUAACAAUAAUACAGUAAAUAAAUUUACUAAAAAUAUAAAUUUGAAGAAUAGGUAUCUUUUGACAAUGAUUCAUUUAAUUAAGAUGCUUAAAGUGAAGAAUUAGAAGACUUAGAAGAUUAUGCAUAUAACCAACAAGUUGGAGGAUUAUUUUAAUUUUGA